AAGCUGAGCAUAUGUUGCCCAACCCUCAAGUUUGGAAGUAGAGAACAGUUGAGCUUCAGCCUCGUUUGUAGGCAACUCUCUAAUGGCCACUGAAAAUAAAGGAAAACCCAACACUGCCACAACCAAAGGCAAGAAGAGAAAGCAAUAUCUUCCCCACAAUAAAGCAGUUAAGAAAAAAGGGGCAUACCCAUUAAGGCCAGGAGUUCAAGGUUUCUUUAUCACUUGUGAUGGCGGCAGAGAACGCCAAGCUGCUCAUGAGGCUAUUAAUGUUAUUGACACCUUCUUUGAAGAGCUACUCCAUGGAAAGGAUUUGGGAGAGGAACCUGCAGGGUUACCCAAUAAGCCUCUAAAUAAAAAGGUUACUUUCUCAUAUAGUGAUGAUGAGGAUGAUGUUGAUGAAGAGGAGGGUGAUGAUGAAGGAGAGGAGAAAGAGCAAAAUGAAGUGACUAAAUCAGAUAAUAGUAGAGAAAAUGAUGCUAGUCAAAAAAGUUUAAUAAAUAAAGAUUUGGAUCAUCAUAAUUUGGAUGAUGUGUGUCAUGAGAAGGUAACAGAAGACACUGAAGGUAGUAAGGAGGUUGGGGUAAAUAUUGAAAAUCAAGCAGAUAACUCCAUGGAACCACCAGCAAAGAAACAAUGCCGUGAAACAGAUACAUCAAAGUGUGAAACCAAUGAAAAAGAGAAAUCUAUUGAUAAGCUUAUUGAAGCUGAGCUCAAAGAGCUUGGAGAUAAGAGUAAGAGGCGGUUCCUCCACCUUGAUUCAGGUUGUAAUGGUGUUGUCUUUGUUCAAAUGCGGAAGAAAGAAGGAGAUCCUGGCCCCAAAGAUAUUGCACAGCAUAUGAUGACAUCUGCUGCAUCAACAAGGAAGCACAUGUCAAGGUUCAUUUUAAGAGUGUUACCAGUUGAAGUAGCAUGCUAUGCUUCAGAAGAGGAGAUUACAAGAGCUAUAAAACCUCUCAUUGUGCAGUAUUUUCCAGUGGAGACACAGAACCCUUGGAAGUUUGCUGUACUGUAUGAGGCCCGUGCAAAUUCCGGUAUUGACAGGAUGAAAAUUAUAAAUUCAGUUGCAAAGUCUAUACCUGCACCACACAGAGUUGAUCUUAGUAAUCCUGACAUGACAAUUGUGGUCGAAAUUAUUAAGACUGUGUGCUUGAUUGGGGUUGUUGAGAAGUAUAAGGAGCUGGCGAAAUUUAACCUGAGGCAACUUACAUCACCAAAGCAAUAGCUGCUGGUUGCAUUGAUGGAGCUGGUAGCAGGCUUUCUGCCUUGUAAUGAUAUUGAGGAUUUGGAGUGAAGCGGUCACGUCAAAUAAGCUAGGUUUAAUAGGAGGAGAAACAGGUGAGUUAAACGUUUUUUACUAGUUGAGUUGAGAAGGAUGUAACUCUGUAAGAAGUGGAAUUUGGAUCAUCUUUCAUUAAGUAUUUCUUGUAAUUGUGAACUUCAAAUUUCUCUUUACACAUAUUUGACAAUGAAUCCAACUUCAAAUGUCAUGGAAAUGUGUAAGCUUGUGAUUCAAUGGUGAUCA